GACCAGACAGAUAUCGUACAAUACAGGACAGAGAAGAAAGGCUGCUCGUUGUUAAUUAUUAACCAAACUUUCUGCUGUUUCUCUGAGCUUCGGUAUAAAAGCGAGAAGUUCCUGACAAACAUUCUGCAGCAAAGGGGACAGUUAAAAGCCUUUGAAGAUGCGUCAGAUCUUUGCUAGUUGUGCUCUGGCAGCCAUACUGCUGGCUGUAGCUUGGGCAGACCACCAUCUUCACCACGGCUCUAAGCACAGCCAUGAGGACGACAUGAGCUGCCAUGUUCUGUCCCCUCAUAAUGCAGACUUUGCCUUUGCUCUCUACAAACAUCUGAACGCCAAGGCUGCUGAGGGAAAGAACAUCUUCUACUCUCCACUGGGCAUCUCCACUGCCCUGUCCAUGCUGGCCACUGGGGCCCGCGGUGACACCCACAGCCAACUGUUUUCCGCCUUGGGCUACAGCCCCCUGAACCAGACACAAGUCAACGAAGCCUAUAAGCACAUUUUACACAUGUUCGGCCAUAGCCAGGAGAACCAGAAGCUGGAUGUUGGUAACUCUGUUGCCGUCCGUACUGGUUUCAAUCCUCUGCAGGCAUUUCUCACAGACCUUAAACAGUUCUACAGUGGUGAGGUCUUUAAUGUGAACUUUGCCAAUCCUGAUGAGGCUAAAGAACAGAUCAACCGACAUAUUGCCACUAAAACCCAUGACAAAAUCAAGAAUAUGGUGAAGGACUUAGACACUGAGAUGGCUAUGAUUCUGAUCAACUAUGUCUACUUCAGAGGACAAUGGGAGAGGCCCUUCAACAAGAACUUGACGACCAAGGAGGAAUUCUUUGUGGACAAGAACACGAAAGUUGAGGUGGACAUGAUGAAGAAGACAGGACGCUUUGAUUUCUACCAGGACAACGACAACCACACCACUGUCAUUUUGCUGCCCUACAAAGGCAAUACUUCCAUGAUGAUUGUCCUUCCCAAUGAAGACAAGAUGCAGGUUGUGGAAGGCUUUAUCAACAAGGACUACAUAAGGCACUGGCAUGACUCCCUGAACAAGAAUAACAUAAAUCUUUUAAUGCCCAAAUUUUCCAUCUCUGCUGAUGCUUCUCUGGAUGAGACCCUGAAGGAAAUGGGAAUGACAGAUGCUUUUGGAGAAAAGGCUGACUUCUCUGGUAUAUCUGAUGAGACCAGGCUUAAAGUCUCAAAGGCCUCCCACAAGGCGGUGCUGAGUGUGGAUGAAACAGGAACAGAGGCAGCAGCUGUCACUACCAUCGAAAUUAUGCCCAUGAGCCUUCCUGAAACCGUAAGAAUUAACAGGCCAUUCUUGGUCUUCAUCAUGGAGCACUCAACAAGGAGCAUCCUCUUCAUGGGCAAGAUCAGCAACCCCGCUGCUGAGUAAAAAUACUCAAAAAGUGCUCAGAUGUCAUCGUUUUUACACUGUAGUAAGUUUGAGUAGAUUUGGGACACUUACCUCAUCACCUGAAACUGUUGUCUUGGUAUGACUUCAACGCUGGGUGCAUUGGAUAACUGAUGAGUGAAGACAGUAAGAAAGACAGUAGGCCUAUUUUUCAAGAAACAGAAAAUUAUGUUCAUUAAUAUGUCUGUCAUUUUAACCAUCUAUCAUCUGGUUUGCUUAAUAAAUGUCUUCAUGCGUCAUUAUGGAUUAUACACUGAUUAAAUGUUUCUUGUGGUAAAACGAAUGAUUAAAAUAUCUGCCACUUGUAGCAUCUACCAGUAACAAAGACAACUUAUUGUUUUAUGAUUUUAAAUGCCAUUAAAAAAAUUAAAAUAAAGAUUUGUCUUGAAAGCCUGCA